AUGCCUCAGGCACCAGCUGAGUCAGGAACUGCCGAGUUUCGUCGAGCGCAUCGAAUCAGCGACGGCGCCAGCUUCAAGUCUUCUCCACUUCGCCUGAGGCCCCGUACCUGCGCCCACACGAUUUCUCCGAUUUCCGGCAGAUCGAAACCACGAGCACUCGCUCCUGUUCCAUGGGGUUUUUAUAUCGGGCGAGCGCAGGUCGAUCCUGAUGGACUUGGGGUAUCGGAAUCUCCUGGCGCCGAAUGGGCCGCAUUACUCAACCCCCCGAGCGACUUUCGGUCCCCCAGACUGCCUCGGCCACCCCCGGGCGUCGAUUCCAUGCAGAGAAGUUCGGAGCCGUGCGAGAUGGAGAAGACCCCGCCUGUGACGGGCAAGCGCCGAGGUGGCAGCCGGAAGGCCUGCAAUGAGUGUAAGCAGCAGAAGCUUCGAUGUGAUAUUGUCCAGACUCCGGCCGCGGCUUGCUCGCGCUGCCGCAGGCUAGGAAUUGACUGCAAAGUUGAACAGUCGUUUAAGCGUAUCUCCAAGAGACGACGCAAUGCGGAGAUGGAGAAGGAGAUUGCAGACCUUCGGAGUCGACUAUCUCAUCCAAACCAGGAGCAGACGGGCGAAUCUCAUAUCGGUGAUGACCUGUCGCAGUGCUCUGAGGAGGUCUUUGCCCGCCGUGACUCGGCCACGAUCGAACGAUCACGGCCAGUAUCGGUGCCGGUGGAACCGCACCCGGCCAUGGCGACCCCUUUGACAAUGCAGAGGGAUGGUUCCAUUCCGUCACAGGAAGAGAACCACUGGCGGCUGGAAGAUGUCUCCUUGUCGCGAGCACGAGUCAGCCGACUAUUCGAACAAUACUUUACGUUUUAUCAUCCUUUCCUUCCCCUUCUCAAUCCCCCCAAACCCGCCGAGGUGUAUCUAAAUCGAUGCCCUUUGCUGGCAUGGACCAUCAUCUGCGUUGCCAGCCGACGGUCUCCAUCUGAGCCUGGUCUCCUGAGUGCUCUUUCGGGUCCAUUCAGUCGGCUCCUAUGGUCAACCAUCACCAAUGUCCCGCAAGAUUACCGUGUCGUCAAGGCACUCUGUGUUUUAUGCACAUGGCCCCUUCCGACGACCAGCCAACGGACCGAUGCAACCUUCAUGCUUAGUGGUCUGAUGAUGCAGAUCGCCAUGCAACUGGGCUUGCAUCGUCCGGUGCAGGCGGAAGAAUUCACCACUUUCCGGAUGGAGGUUCAAGGAGAAGCCCUGAAGGACCGGCUGCAUACUUGGGUUAUCUGCAAUAUAGUGGCCCAGAAUGUUGCAACCGGUUAUGGCCAGCCACCAAGUACGAUAUACGACUGGGCCCUUGAGCCGGCCUCUUUGAAAGACGCCGAUUAUCGCCUCCCCGACGAUUUGGCCAUUCGGUUGCGUAUUGAGAAGUUUUGUGACCGAGUCACCAAAGCUCUAUACAGUAGCAAGCCCGAACCAGCAGAGUUUAUCAGCGCCGAGAAGCUUGUCGUUGUGCAGAUUUUGGAGAGUGAAUUGCGAGAGAUGGAAGUCGAGUUUGGACGGGAAAUCUCUGCGAUCAAUAUGAUCCACCUACGCGCAGCAGAAUUGCAUUUCCGGUAUUUUGUAUUUUUGGGUUCGAGUGCACGGAGUGACGACCUCACGAAACUCUUCAUCGCAACAACUUCCUUCUUGGGUCGGGUGCUCGACCUCGAAACGUCUCCGGGCGAGUUGAUCGGCCAUUCCACGAAUUACAUCCUUCAGAUGAUUGUGUCGGCUGCCUUUGCCCUCAUGAAGCUGUUGAAGAGCAGCUUCAGCCGACACAUUGAUUUCAACCACGGCAAGCUUCUGUUUAACGGAGCGAUAUCCGCUAUCCGCAGAAUCAGUGUGAUGGAUCAUGAUCGUCCUAUUCGUCUCGCGGAUAUUCUCGCUCAGAUGUGGAAUGCUACGGGUCUGGAGCCUGCUGAGGAGGAUACUCUUCAGCUCAAAGUGCGCUGCCGGAUGAGCAUGAGUCACGUUUACGAUACGGUAUGGCGCUGGCGCCAGCGGUUCCGGCCCAUGAAGAGCAUUGAAGAAUUACAAGGUGAGUUCUAUUCACGGCUGUUACAGUUAUUUGAUUUUAUUGCUCACUCUUAUUCGCUUGUAGCUGCCUCGGCAAACCAAGAUCUCUCAGGGACGGUUGGACCUUUAACGCGACAGCAGCAAGAGAGUUCUCUCGAGGAUCCAUCGUUGAUGCUUCCAGCCCAGUUUGACGAAGGCGGUGCCUUUUUUAGCGAAGCGGGAUUCUCCGAGGUCUUUGAUUCCCUGAACUGGGUUUUUGAGGGCAUCCCCGACUCCUUUGUCGCGCCUCCGGUGCUAUAA